GAGCUGAGUAAGCUGAUUUAUGAUAACUGCUUUAAACACUGGCAAGUAAAAAGGUGUAAGAAUUGGGAGUUGCUGAUAGUUCAAUAUGAAGGACAACUUCAGUUUUGCUGCCACCAGCAGAAACAUCACCAGCAGUCUUCCUUUUGACAAUCCCAACGCAACUGGCACCAAUGAGUCUGCCUUUAACUGCUCACACAAACCAUCAGAUAAGCAUUUGGAAGCAAUUCCUGUUCUCUACUACAUGAUUUUUGUGAUUGGUUUUGCUGUUAAUAUUGUUGUGGUCUCACUGUUUUGUUGUCAAAAGGGCCCUAAAAAGGUGUCCAGCAUUUACAUCUUCAAUCUGGCCUUGGCUGACUUACUGCUUUUGGCUACCCUCCCACUCUGGGCAACCUAUUACUCUUACAGAUAUGACUGGCUCUUUGGACCUGUGAUGUGCAAAGUCUUUGGUUCUUUCCUGACCCUGAACAUGUUUGCAAGCAUUUUUUUCAUUACCUGCAUGAGUGUUGAUAGGUACCAAUCAGUUAUCUACCCUUUUCUGUCUCAAAGAAGGAAUCCCUGGCAAGCAUCUUAUGUAGUUCCCCUUGUUUGGUGUAUGGCUUGUCUGUCCUCAUUGCCAACAUUUUAUUUCCGAGAUGUCAGAACCAUUGAAUACUUAGGUGUAAAUGCUUGUAUUAUGGCUUUCCCACCUGAGAAAUAUGCUCAGUGGUCUGCUGGAAUUGCCUUAAUGAAAAAUAUUCUUGGCUUUAUUAUUCCUUUAAUAUUCAUAGCAACAUGUUACUUUGGGAUCAGAAAACAUCUGCUGAAGACCAAUAGCUAUGGGAAGAACAGAAUUACCCGUGACCAAGUCCUGAAGAUGGCAGCUGCUGUUGUGUUGGCAUUCAUCAUUUGCUGGCUUCCCUUCCAUGUUCUGACCUUCUUGGAUGCUCUGUCCUGGAUGGGUAUCAUUAAUAGCUGUGAAGUUAUAGCAGUCAUUGACCUGGCACUUCCUUUUGCCAUCCUCCUGGGAUUCACCAACAGCUGUGUUAAUCCCUUCCUGUAUUGUUUUGUUGGAAACCGCUUCCAACAGAAGCUCCGCAGUGUGCUUAGAGUUCCCAUUACUUGGCUCCAAGGCAAGAGAGAGACUAUGUCUUGCCGAAAAGGCAGUUCUCUUAGAGAAAUGGACACCUUUGUGUCUUAA